UGGGGCAGGAUGCUGGAUGGCCCGCUAGUCUCCGAGGGGCCCGACAGCCCCCGGGAGCGCCGGGAUGAGGAGUCUGGCAGCUGCCUCUGGGUGCAGAAGUCCAAGCUGUUGGUGAUCGAAGUGAAGACUAUUUCCUGUCAUUAUAGUUGCCGCGCCCCUUCUAGACAGAUCAUGGACUUCCAGACCAGCCCUUGGGCUCGCGGGCCCCAGAGCCGCACGUGUGGGCCGCGCCCGGGAUCCCCUGAGCCGCCGCCCCGCCGGCCCUGGCCCUCCAGGGUGCUGCAGGAGGCGACCAACUGGCGGGCGGGGCCCCUGGCCGAGGUCAGAGCUCGGGAGCAAGAGAAAAGGAAGGCGGCGUCGCAGGAGCGGGAGGCCAAGGAGACAGAGCGGAAAAGGCGCAAGGCUGGCGGGGCCCGGCGGAGCCCCCCAGCCUCAGGGAACCCCGGCGCCGAGCCGGCUCCCGCGGGGUCUGCACCUGCGAGCCCCAGCCCCCCACGCCCCGCUCCCAGGUCCAGGCACCACCUCAAGGGCUCGAGGGAAGGGAAAGAAGGACGAGAACACAUCUGGCUCCCCAAAGGCUGGGUGCCCUCCCCGCAAAGGCAGCCGCCCCGGCAUAGCCAGACACUCCCCAGACCCUGGGCUCCAGGCGGCACGGGAUGGAGGGAGUCCCUGGGUCACGGAGCGGGGGCAGGACCCGAGACCCCGGAGGGCUGGAAGGCCACCCGCCGCGCCCACACGUUGCCCCGCGGCUCCCGGGGCCCGGCUCGUGGAGAGGGCGUCUUUGUCAUUGACGCCACGUGCGUGGUCAUACGAUCCCAAUAUGUCCCGACCCCCCGAACUCAGCAGGCGCAGCUUUUGCCCUCCGGGGGGCCGCGCGGAGUGGGGGACGCCCCCAGCCCACCGACGGCCGGCAGAGGGGAGGGGGAGGGGGAGGGAUUAAUCCGAUCCCUAGUUACCGCGCGCCUGUCCCCCGCCUUGCCGCCUCCAGCCGCGCGGGGCCGGGAGCAGGCCUCCGGCCUCCCAGACCUCUGGAGCGCGCCGAGCACCUCUUUGUACUCAGCCACCCAACCGGCUUGGGACUCAAGACACUGA